AUGGGCAUGGAGUUUUACGGCGAUGACUACAGGGGUGCGGAUGUUGCCCCCUUUGUUGGAAUAAACACCUUCCUGCAUCUGCCAUGGGUGAAAACCCAUGAAGAGCUGGUAAACGCAAGGCCCGACGUCGCCAUCAUCGGCGAACCGUUUGACUUUGGCACCACCAUCCGCCCCGGGGCAAGAUACGGCCCGCGGGCCCUGAGGGCCGCGUCCACAAUACCGUCUCCGCCCUAUGAGAGGUUUAACAUCGAGACGGGGGCCGAUCCCUUUGGCACGUUUAGAACCGUCGAUUAUGGGGAUGUCCACGUGUCCCCCGGUGACGUGAUCGAGUCCCACAAGAGAAUGUCCCAGAAGGUAAAGGAGGUUCUCGAGCAGGACGGAAUUCCGGUGAUGCUUGGAGGCGAUCACUCGAUCACCUAUGCCAACGUACGCGCAUUUGCCAAAAAGUACAAGAACAUAGGCAUGAUUCAUUUUGACACGCACGCAGACUGCGCCCCGCAGGGGCUGACAGGCUACAAGUAUGAUCACGGGGCACACAUUCGAAGAAUAAUGGAGAUGGGAUGCAUGAAGGGAAGGAACUACUCCCUUGUGGGACCGCGCGGCUACUGGCCAGGACCGGAUCUGUACAAGUGGAUGUCAGACCAAGACUUCCAGUGGUUCACAAUGCUGGACGUUGAAGAGCUGGGAAUCGACUACAUUGCCAAGGAGAUAGCAGACAGGGCAAACGACGGCACCGACGCGGUGUACCUCUCUUGGGAUAUCGACUCGUUUGAUCCCGCCUACGCCCCCGGAACAGGGGAGCCGGAGCCAAACGGCCUCACGUCCAGGGAGGGCAUAAGAAUGGUUCGCCUGCUCUCAAAGUCCUUUGACCCCGACAGGUUCGCAAUGGAUCUGGUCGAGGUGGCGCCGGCAUACGAUGUAAGCGACAACAGCUCGUACAACGGCGGGAUUACGUCUGGACUGGGACAGAGACUGAUCGUGGAACUCCUGGCGGGCCUGUCGUUGACAAAGAGGGGCCUAGACGAGGGGAGCCCGUUCCAGAAUGACGUGCUUGCCGCGUCGGCAGACAGGGUCAAGAGCAAGCUGAGACGGAAUAUGCGGAUCAACCUGAACGAGACCCUGCUGCUGUUUACCGAGCACAUUGCGCACAUGCUAAGGGAGGGCAAGGGCUACGAUCAGAUCAAAAGGGAGAUAUCCGGGAUCCUCUCCUCCGACCAGGUGAUGCCCGGAACGCCCGAGAUGCUGCGCAGGCUGGACUUUGAGAUUCUGUCGGAUCACAAGACGGAGAUAACGGUGAACCAGCCGAUUGCCAUUCCUGAUGCCGCAAGGAUGUGA